AUGUCUCCUACUGCCAAAGCUGCUAAUAAUGGCCAUCAUUGCCCCAAGGCUCAUGGUCGUGAAGGCAACUGUCGUCCCUGGCAAGGCGGCGGUUCGAAGCCUCAACAUUGCGUUGCUCAUCAGAAAGUCUGCCCUCUUCAUCAUGAGAAGCACCUCCAGACCGAGCCCUGUCCUACAUGCGAGAAGGUCUUGAAGUUCACCGGCUCGCGUCCACCACCCGUUGAGCACCAGCCACGAGACUAUAGACCCUCCAAUCCUCCGAGCAAUCAGCGUAGACCCUCUCAGCCUAGAAACAGAGGUGCUAGGCGUAGUGCUGGUAGUCGUCAUGGUCGUGGCGGCAACAAAGGCGGCAAUGGCCAGAGUAAAGAUGCCCAGAAACCCACUCGCUCCAAAGAUACAUCGCCCACAGAUCCAAACACCAUACGAGCUACCACAACACCAGAUCUACAGACCUGGUCAGAUCUCUUCUCGAGUCCACUAUUCCUUGCUCUUGCCCUUGCCCUUUCUUUUGUUUUGGUCGUUACCGUUAUUGGACUCAUGAGCUGGACUCGGAGAUGGUGA